AUGACAUCCGGAGAGAUCAAGAACACGACGAGUAAAUUUGGCCAAUAUGGGACUUUCAAGGAAGGGUCUUCGCAGUUUCUGCCCUUCGGGGACGCUGGUGUUCUUCUCUUUCUCGGCGGUCAGGAGGCGCCUAUAACGUCUAGAGAGGGCGGUUGGGAGGAGAUUGAUUUCAGCCAGGUCACUUUGUUCGACAUCAAAGGCCAAAAAUGGUAUACCCAAAGCACCACUGGAUCUAAACCGGCAAGGAGGAGGCGCUUCUGUACAACAGGCGUCUUGGGACCAAACAACACAUUCGAGAUGUGA